AAUGGAUUCUGGUGAAUUCGGAGUUGUGAAGGAACUUCUUUUACAAGUGAUGGCGAGUGAUAAUGAGGUUAGAAGAGAAGCUGAAAACAAAUUAACACAAGUGAGGCAGGCUAACUUUGACAAAUACUUUGCCUACAUGGUCACAGGGUUUGCAGAUCAGGGGGUUGACCUUAGGGCCAGAGCCAUGGCACUUAUUUUGCUCAGGAGAGAUAUCCUUGAGAAUAAUCAUGAAGAGCCAAGUGUAUGGAGCAAGCUUACUGGCGAGACUAGAGAAUAUAUUAAGGCUCAGAUUUUAGAAGUUCUAGCAAAUGAGACUGAUCCUCUGAUUUUUAACAAGAUAGCGGAAUUUGCUGCGAAAAUAGCCAUCGCCAUCAAUGAUGUCAAUUACAAUGAUAUUUGGCUAGACCUAUUUAAUCUCUGCAAAAGGCUGAUUAGUGAAGGAAAUGAAACCCAAACCAAAGCAGGGUUGGUUGUGUAUGCUGAAGCAAUGAAUGGCUUGAGUAAUGAGAUCGUUGUAAACGAUGCUGACUUAUAUGCCAUGUUCGAAGUGACACUCAAGAACCAGAACAUCGAGAUUUCUCUUGCAUCUCUAAAAGCAAUCUGACAAUUUCUGACAACAGUUAUGCCAAAGCAUGCUAUACGCUUUGUUGGAUUACUUGGAGAUAUGGUCAACAUCUCAGUGAGAGCCAUCAAGAGUUGAGAGUACAAAGUCUUAGAGGAAUCAAUGGAGGUCUUAAUAGCAAUAAUAGAGGCUGAACCUAAGUUCUUCCUGAACGACUUCCCAGAUCUUCUCCAAGUCUUCACUUCUAUCUCUCAGCAGAGUCAACAUUUGAACGAGACUCUCAAGAAGCUUCCAGUAGAACUUCUAAUAUCAAUUGUAGAGAGGGAUUCAAGCCUGCUUACGAGGAAUGAAGAUCACUUGAAGCAAAUACUUGACCUGACAUUUACUCUUAUGGUAGAGGUGGACGAGGAAGUGAUAGAAGAGUGGCUAGACCCGAUAAAUGCCGAACAAAUUUUAGAAGAAGCAGAAAGCGACACGAUAGUUUUUGGACGAGAAUUCAUGGAUAGGCUCUGUAGUUGUGCUAACGCAGAAUACAUUCUAGCACCCAUCUGCACUCUUGUCAAACAAGCUGUUGACCAUGAAGACUGGAAGCAAAAGCAAGCAGGGCUUAAUGCCUUCUCGCAGAUUGGUGAAUAUGUAUCUGAAAUUGAGCAAAUCAGCGAUAUGAUUCCAACCGUUAUCGAGCAUUGUAAGCAUGAACAUCCAAAAGUCAGACAUGCAGCAGUACAUUGUUUGGGACAAUUUGCUAACGAUCUAAAACAUCAACUCACUGAAAACUUCCAUGAGACUGUUGUGCCAGCUCUAUACGAAGCAAUGAAUGAUAAGGUUAAUAGAGUAAAAGCGCAUGCUUCUGGAUGAAUGUCUAACUUUUUAGAGAAUGCUUCUCAAGAAAUUGGACUUAAAUACUGUGAGGAGCUUCUUGAACAUCUCUUUAAAUUAAUUAAGAGUGAAUCUAGCUACUUAGCUACAAAUGCAGUCACAUGAAUUGCAUCUCUUGCUCAGUCAUGAGACCACGAGUUCAAUGCUUAUUUUGACUCUUUCUGUAAUGAACUUCUCCCAAUUAUUACUCAAAAAGCUCCUAAAGAUUUCAGGAGGUUCAAAGGUCAGGCUAUAGAGAGCCUUACUAUUUCAGCUGUGUGCAUUGGUCUUGAUAAUUUUAGAUUUCAUUCUGAAAAAGUGGCCAAGGCCUUGAUCCUCAUACUCAAGAACCACUUAGAUGAAAUUGGCGAUCCCCAGAGGAAAUAUAUUCUUGGGGGAUUUCAAAGGCUUGCUUUAAUUAUGGAAAAAGAGUUUGCUCCUAUAUUACCUGAAAUAAUGCCAGAUAUUCUUAAAAUGGCUUCUCUUUAUCCUAAGCUUCGAUCUACAUUAAAAGUACCAAAUAUUUCUGAAAAUUAUAACGAAGACCAAGAUCUAAUGAAUGAGGAUACAAGCCCAGAUGAGUCAGAUGAGAUUGAAGAAAUAGACACAAUAGCUCAAAUACUUUUUGUGUUUAUUGAUGAGCUUGAAGAGCUCUAUGCUCCAUACAUAGAACAAACUUCUGAGCUAUUUGUUUCUCUUUCAACGUUCAGCCAUUCUGAUAAAGUUAGACAGAAUGCAUCUGAGUGCUUGCCGAAAAUUCUAAAGAUCGUCAAGAAAUGAGAGAAUGAAAAUAUGAGAGCCCAGCCAUACUGAGAAAAAUUUAUUGACAUUCUUUUUGGAAAUCUAAAAAUAGAAGGAAAUGUCCCUGUUAUGAAGUAUCAGAUUAACGCAAUCAAGGACUGUAUUGAUGAAGUUGGAGAUUUUCUAAGCGAAGACCAAAUUAACCAAAUGGGUGAAGUAUUGGUCGAAAUGAUCUCAAAAUCUGACAGCAGAAAGGAUCUCAACAACAAAUUUCAUAAUGAGAACGGGCAAGGAGAAAGUGAAAUUGAUGAAAUGAAUAGAGGAUUUUUAGAUGAAGAAAUUCAAGAAGAAGAUGAUCUUCAGAUCUCGAUUAGUGAAACAUUCGGAGUUAUUUUCAAAACUCAUAAGAACAAAUGUGGGGUCUUGGCUUCAAACUUACUAAGCGAUCUUGUAUCAUCUUAUAUUGAUGAGAAUGCUUCAUUUGCUAAGCAGAAAUUUGGAGUUUACUUGAUUUGUGAUGCUGUUGAGUACCUAGGACCAGAUAUUCUUAGUACUAAAUAUCAAGAUUGUUUGAGUACUUUUGUUAGAUUAUCAAAAUCAACAGAUCCCCUAGUCAGACAUGGAAGUGUUUAUGGGCUUGGAGUUUCUUCCAUCACAGGAGGAGAUCUAUUUGCUCAAUAUUCUGCGGAUGCUCUUGAAAUUCUUAAAGAAGCCAUCGAAAUGGAGCCAGGAUCUCAAGAUAUUUCAGAUUACAACCAUGCUCGAGAUAAUGCAGUCUCUGCUUUCGCAAAAAUAUUAAAAUAUCAGCAUGCACCUAUUGACACAGAAGCUGCAUUUGAAUAUUUACUCCAACACGUCCCACUAAGACACGAUAUGAUUGAAUCAAAACUCACAACCAACUUCAUAAUCGACACAGCCCUAAACAACCCUACCCUAUUCACCAGCAACGAUCACCAAAACACCCCUCAGCUCAUCACUUUCAUCCAAAACCUCUCCACCUCCAGCCUCGCCUCCACCACUCUAACCAACCUCCAACUCCUCCUCUCCUCCCUCUCCUCCGACCCAACAGCCCACAGGCUGCUCUCUGACGCAAACAUCUCCUUACCGCUCCAGCACCCUUAA